AUGCCGAAAAGAACGAGCGCCCAACGCAAAAUCUAUCCACAGAUUUCAAUCGACCAGCUUUCCGAUAACCUUUUACUUCUGAUACUAGACAAACUACCACAGUGCGAUAUCCUGUCGGCAAGUCUGGUCUGUCACCGCUGGAGCAUUGUCAUCAACGCAAGCCACCUGCUGGAUAGGUUUAUUUUACGAAUUAUUCCCGAUCCACACAAAACUGAAUGCGUGGAGUAUGGACAUUUCUUGAGUCGAUCCGAACGAAAAUACAGGAAAGCAGAAGUUACGAUUCGUGAUCAACAAUCGUUUCUAGUGGCGGUGCUGGCAUUGCGCCGGUUUGGUCAGUAUUUGUUCGAUCUAAAACUAACGCUGAAUCAGCACUGCUAUCCGAGCUUUUUCCAGCUGCACUUCGAACGAAUGAAGGAGCUAGAAAUGGGUUUGGAAGAGUACGAUCAAAUGUUAUGGGAGCAGGAAGUGGACAGUUACGAUCGCUGUUUGACAGUGAUAGAUUUUGUUAAGGACGAAUUUCAAAAGUGUACUGCUGCUGGAGGAACGACUCCGAAUUUUCGCCAGAUCGAGGAAGUGUUUGUGCCAUUUGUAUAUCGACAUUGUUUUCGCCUGAAGACGUUAUUGAUAAAACCACUGCGAAAUAUGUGGGAUGCACGAACGAGUAUAUUGCUUUACGAAGGUGUUGAAAUGAAAUAUUUAACAGAACUACGAAUCUACGGAGCUGGUGCGAUCAUAAUGGCCGAUUGCCCUUUGCUGAAGAGUUUGGCAGUGCAUGGCACGACAACCGGUUUGUCGUUCUACUAUGGGUUAAGAAAUGCCUUUCCCCAGCUCAACAAACUAGAAAUAGUAGAUGAUUUUUUAUUUGAUGAUAACUGCCUUUAUCAGGUUUCUAGGAAGUGUAAGAAUUUGGUUGAACUCUCCAUAUCGUCUAUACAUAAUACUAUAAGCCAAAAUGCGUUUCGUUACAUUCAUUGGUUGAAAAAGCUUAAGAAGCUUUCAUUGUCGUUGGACGGACCAUCCCAUUCCAUGAAAUUUACCUUUGAGGAUUGGCCAGAAUUGAAAAUCGAAAAAUUGUUAAUCACUGUUGAUGAGCUGCGGGCGGACAGCAUUCGCGAGAUUUUGCUGCGUAACCCCAACCUUGAGGAGUUUUUCAUCAGCACGCGAAGAAAAAUUGCGUUCAGCACACUGCAGAGGCUGCAGAAGACCAGCCCAAAUUGCCGGUUGACCUACCACCAGCUGACUUACCGUCAGCAAUUUGGUAGAUAA